GCGCAUGCGCCGAACACCUCAGAAUCUAUAACGUGGCGAAGAUACCUCCGAGAAUCCAGAAGAGAUAAGAUCAUCAAAUAUCUUGUUUUUGCUUGAUUUCAAAACGUUUUAAGAGGUUAUCUUUUCAGAACCCCAAAUUAACAACUUAGGAUGUCUUCCUCCGGAGAUUUCAGCAAUCCUUUGAGGAAAUUCAAGCUUGUUUUCCUUGGCGAGCAGAGUGUUGGGAAGACUUCACUAAUCACAAGAUUUAUGUACGACAGUUUUGAUAACACAUACCAGGCUACCAUAGGUAUAGAUUUCCUGUCAAAGACUAUGUACCUAGAGGAUCGUACUGUCAGACUACAGCUAUGGGAUACGGCUGGUCAAGAAAGGUUCCGCAGUCUCAUUCCAAGCUACAUUAGGGAUUCUACCGUUGCAGUUGUAGUCUAUGAUAUCACAAAUGCCAACUCUUUCCACCAGACAUCAAAAUGGAUAGACGAUGUCCGUACUGAAAGAGGGAGUGAUGUCAUUAUAAUGCUUGUAGGCAACAAAACUGAUUUAGCUGACAAAAGGCAAGUUUCAAUAGAUGAAGGAGAACGCAAAGCCAAGGAACUAAAUGUAAUGUUCAUAGAAACUAGUGCAAAGGCAGGCUACAAUGUAAAACAAUUGUUCAGACGAGUAGCAGCAGCUUUACCGGGUAUGGAAUCAGCAGACCAAACUAAACCAGCUGGCGACAUUCCUGUAACUCUCCACCAGAAGGAACCUGAGAACGACUACCAACAGGAUGAAGCCGGCUGCUACUGCUGAAAGGCCACCAUCUUGAACAUAAAUAAUAUUUACCAAAAAAAAACAUCCCCACUAUUCUUGCAUGUUGAUAACACCACUGUCAUGUCACUCUAAAAAUAAAUGGUAAAAUAUCAGUCUAAAAUUAAUUUCAACAAAUUGAAAUGCUUGUGCUAUAUUUGGAAAUGAGAUGAGUGCUGCCCCUCUGUGGCAAAAUGGACCAAGAUUCCCUUUUUUUUUUAACAUUGCAGCACAAUUUGUUGCUGAAUCAUUUCUGCUAUCAUAUUUUUUCUCUGAAUGAUGAUCACAAUUUUCCUUCUGAUCCAAAGACUUGCAAGUUAUCAUGGUCAAUGUCAUUGAUCAAGUAUUUUGUUCAGAUUCAUUGAUGGUACUAACACGAUCUCUGUCGUUCAAUUAUAUUGGUUCUCAAAUUUCAAUGCUUUUUGAAAGGUUAUUUGAAACAAGAAGGCCAGUGCAACUUAUCGAAAAUGAUUUCCAGGUGUGUGACUAUAUAAAUCUUAAUAUUUCAUCAUAUGCACAUUUCAAUCCUUCUUGAACCAAGUACAGGACCAUUGAUCAUAAACAUUACAACUCGAAAUUAACAGAAAUGAUAAGGUAGCUAUUAAAAACUUGGAAAACUGUUUGCCCCAACUGGAUCCUAUUACAAUUUAGAAUAUGAUAAUUAUUAAGGGCUACUUUCAUAUGGUUUUUAUAAAAGUUGUGAAUUUAAUAAUUUAUAUCUUAAACCUGCAAUAAAUGUAUGAUAUGGAUGAUUUUAUUCUGUUAUUGUAUAACAAAGUGGUCCCUUCAAAGUAUCAACAUCUGACAAUUUGAUAAAUAUCUUUGUUUUAAGGAUGAUCAGCUGGUGGUAUCAGACAUAUUUUCUAUGGCCGAUCAUUUCGAUACUCGUGGCUGACUUUCAUUGAAACUCGAGUAAUAACAUGACAGGUCUCCAAAACACCAAGACUUGCAAUCAAUUAAAGAAUUGGAGUGACCAAUCAGGAUUGUUGUUACAUACACGUUUGGUUCAAAAUGGGGGUAGUAACCAAUCAAAACUGUCUUUUCAAAUUAGCCAUUGAGUCAUUCAGGGCAUAUAUCAAAAUUACUGAAAAUGAAGAGUUUUCCAAAAGUGAAUAAAAGCAUGAUUCUGUGGAGAAAAAAAACCUGCAUAGGAUAAUACUAAGGAAAUGAUGCCCUGGCUGGUUUUGAUACUUAAAAAAUUGCAUUAAUUUUGGUCUGAAAUUUCAUAUUCCAAAUUGUUCACAACUGUUCUUUUCAUUGGUUUGAAAUGCAUUUCUUCCAAAGUGAAUAAUGGGAUAUGAAAUAAUCAUUGUCUAAUAGAUGAUAAUACUGAACGUCCAUGCAUAGAGCUGCCUUUAUUGUUUUAUUUGGUCUGUUUGUUUGAUGAUGGAUUACUAAUAUGUUCUCUCCCUAAAAUACAUUGUAGUUUAUAAAUUUCAUUGCAAUUGACAGACAGAGAUAGCAGAAAGUGAGCAAAUACAAAAAGCAAUGGUGUUGAAAGCAAUUUCUUUGAAAUAAUUUGUAUUGUUUUCUCCAUUUCCAUUUUUAAACUAUGUCAGAUGUACAAAUGUAUGCAAAAAGCUUUUUUGAUCUCAUAUGCAUUGUACAUAUUUCAUUUUGGAUAUAUGUUUUCAAUAACCAAAUGCUCUGUAAUUAUUUGUAUUUAAUAUGUUACUGUACAGAAAAUAUGUGUUUAUUUGUAUUUUAGAAAGCAUUAAUUUAGUUAGUGAAUGUACAAGCAUCAGGCCUUGUAAUGCGGCAUUUGUGAGGAAGGAGGAAUUGAAAUGCUUUAUUUGAGCGAGACAUGAGUGACACACAACCGUUGUUAAAUACAUGUACUUGUUUUCCAGUGCCAUUUGUGCAACUUCUGCUAAAUCUCCAUAUUCAGCAAGCCCAAUUUGCAAGCUCCAACUAUCAAAGAAUCAGAUCUAUAAAAUAAUAAGAAAAAUGAACAAUUAUUGGAGUUUUUAAAUAUAGAAUACAGAAGAAAAAGUUUAACCAAUUAACAUUCUCUAUCAUAGGUUAAAAUUCUCCCCACAUUGGAUAAUUUUAAGUUUAGUGUUAAGUGUUUAAAAAUAAAAUGAAUCAUAAUUAAUGAUGUCUUCCCUAGCACCAACACCUAAUGUUUAUGAAAAAUGAUCCACAUCACCUUAUUGAGUAUCUCAACACUAGCACAAUUUAUUUCAGGACCAGCUGUUUUAGGUUUGGUGUUGCGCUGGUGUAAAAAAACAACAACACCAACAUGUCAACAUCGAAGACCACUCUGUAGUAAAUUAUCUUCUGUCAUGCAUAAAUCAAUAAUAAGCAGCAAGUAUUUAUAUCUGUUUCCAAAAAAUAUAUUUUAUGUUUUAAGUUGGGAAUUGAUUUAGACUACCUUCAUAAAUGUGUGAUUAAAUUCAUGGAUGUUUUCAAAUGAAAUGACAGACAAGAAACAAUGCUAAAUAUAAAGACCUUUUCUCUAAUAAUUUUCCAUAAAAUGACAUGCACAUGAAAAAGAAUUAGAAAUGGUUGUAGUGAGUGUAUUUCAUUUUAUUUAGGGGAAAAGUAAGAGCUAUCCUGAAUGCAGAUUUUCAUAUAUCAUCAGAAAAUAGUAAAUAAAAUAUAGGUGUGAUGAAUAUUGAUGAUUGACUGUGGAGAUUUGAUGACUAUUUUUCUUUAAUUGACCUGUCAUUAAUUGUUUUCCUUUUCUCUAGCUUAUAUGCUCAGAAGCACAUUGAGCAUCUUAUUAAGGGGGAAAUAGUGCUUUAUGACAAUUUCAUUAAUUAGAGAGUAUAUAGUGACAUAGUGAACAUAGUCAAGUAUAUGUAUUGUAUAUCCAGAGCUUAAAAGCUAAUUAAAAGUUUGUGCUCUUUUUUUAGAAAAGAGAGGGAUAAUGACUGAACUGUGGCGGUAUUUGUGUUCAGUGAUUGAUUACUAAGUGUGCCUUCUCGUAUAAUAUUGACUGCAAGAAGGAAGUUAACUGAUCAUGGACCUAUGCUCCGAUAGAUGAUGAUAUAAACAUACCUCCUUCUUGCUCUCAGUAGAUGGCUAAUUGUCUGCAAAAAUGGAUAUGAUUCCUUGUGUCUCUCACUUUUAAAUGUGUCAUGCCAUUGCAAUGUGACAAGAUUUGCUUUCAGAAAAUUUGCCUGAAAUAGAAAAUGUCAAACUACAGGUUGCUUAAAAUAGUUUUCAAUCCAUUUAUUCCUCCCUUUGUCAUCCUCCUGUGUUGAUUCUUGCUUCUUAAAGAGGAAAAGAGUUAUUGCAAUUAAAAUAAUUACUAUGAAAGCAUCAUAUGAAGAAUGAACUACAUGUAUUACAUUCUUCUUCUUUUUUCCAUCUCUUCUUGAAAAGAAACAUUGGCAAAGAAUCCAUCUAAACAUGAAAAUAAAAUGUGUCAUACUAAAUAGGUUCAUUAUUGCGGAAUGAAAUAAUCGCUAGAGGGUAUUCAUUUGUCUCGCAAUCUACUAUGGUCAACAAGGAAAUUCGCAAAAAGUGUUCACUAGCUUACAAGUUCACGAGCUUUCGAGUGCCGCUGCAACUCUUUAUCAAGUGACGAAAAUUAUCUGAUACGGUAGUCAAUUUAUACCAAUCCCCAGGACCGUACGCACGAACGCGGGAACAAUAGGUGGGCACUGAUCCGUUAUGUGAUUGGUCGGGCGUAUAUGCAAACAAGCCGGAGGUAUAUGCAAAUACGCCGCGAGUCGGCAAUAUGCAAAUAAGACAAAAUUGGCGGGCUCGCUAGUUUCCCGUGGGUGGGGGUUGACUAGCUCAUGUUCAUCUCACUCACUUUCUCUUUCUUGCUAAUAACACACAGAAAAUAACCUGCUUAAGUCAUUUCUAACACUUCGUAGGCAUGAAAGAAUGUUACUUUGACUAUUCAUGUACAUCUGUAAGAAUGCUUAUUUUUGAAGGUGUUACCAUUAAAUUUUACAAAGAUUUUGGUCAUGAAUAAACAUCAACUUAACUGUUUUCAUGAAUUCCUCCUUUAAUGAUCAAUGUAACUUAAAUUCACAAAAUGUGGAUUUUUUUGUCAUGAUAGGUUAUGUCGAUAUAUAUAUAAAACUAUAUAUAUAUAUAUAUAUAAAUGUAUGACUAUGGGAUAUGCCAGAUGAUUAUACGAAAGCGACAGUGGAGAAUGCCGUGAAUUGUACCAACGUGUUGUGUGUAUGUUGCUAAAGCGUUUCACGACUGUAAUAUUUGGCAGAAAUAAAUUAUGUGAAAUAAACUACUGUGUGUCAAAAGAA